UAUGCCCUUUUUCCAAUGUGCGAGCAAUGAAGCCAUCCAGAGGACUGAGGCCUAUGAGUACGCUCAGUCUCUGGGCUCCCAGCCCUGCUUACAGCCCAACUUCCAGGUGUUCAAGUUGAUCUAUGCAUGCCGCCUCGCUGAAGCCGGUCUGAGUGCUCAGGCCUUCCACUACUGUGAAGUUAUUUCGAGGACUGUCCUCAUGCAGCCUUCAUUUUACUCUCCUGUGUUCAUAAGCCAAAUUAUACAGAUGUCAGAAAAGCUGCGAUUCUUCGAUCCACAACUGAAGGAGAAGCCGGAGCAGGAGCUGUUUGUUGAACCUGGAUGGCUGAGCCACCUCAGGCAGCUGGACGGACAGAUACGGACGGGGGUGAUCACCUACAGUGAGGACAGAGCCCCCUCCUCUCAGUACGACUGCAGCAGCCCCAGCUCGGACCUGGACCAGCCCAGCCCCUCUGAGCCCUACAACAUGCCGGUGGAGAUGGACGGCCCCGCCCCAGACAACCGGCUGAUGAGCUCAUUACUGCCUGGGCCCCCACAGCAGGGAGUGCAGCUGAUGCCUCCAGCUCCCACCUCUAUCCUCCAAGACGGGAUGGCCCCUCCUCAGCAUUUCCAAUCCAACGACGUGCCCCAGUUCUACCCGGUCCCCCCCAGCGGACCCCCAGGCCAGAUGCCAGUCUCCCCAAGCUACCCUCCGCAGGGCCCCGUCUUCGCCCCCCCUCCCUUCCAGCCUCAACCUGAGCAGAUAGAGAUGUUCCCAGGGGCCCAUCAGCAACCCCCACCUCCUCAAAUGGGCCAAAUGUCCCCACAUGUACCGCACUCCCCUAUACAGAUGAACCCCCCACCACUGCAGAUGCCUCAGCACAUGCCCCCCUCUCCUAUGCACAUGCCUCCUGCAGAGCCGAUGAUCCAUAGCCCCCCUGAGAUGCAUCAAAUACCCUCCUUCACCCCGCAGAGGGACUUCUACGACCAAAUGGCGACCAUGGGUCCUGGGAGGAGGUCGAGGACUGUUUCUCAAUCUUCAAUGCAUAUGCCUUCGGGGCGUCGCUCUCGCACCACCUCUGAGUCGUCCACCCACUCUGGAGUAAGAGAGAGGAGCAACUCGGUGGUGAAGCAGGCCUCUCCUCCUCCCCCCUCCAUCCCUGAACAGCCCCGCAAAGAGGAUGCCAAGAGAGCCAAGAAAAACUCCCCGAAAAAGGGUGGAGGUGGUGGAGGAGUCGGAGGCUUGCUGAGCUGGAUCAUUAGGAAGGGGAAGAACGAGGCUCACCUGCCGGACGACAAUGACAAAUCUAUCGUUUGGGACGAACAGAAGCAGAGAUGGGUGGACAUGAACGAGCCUGAGCAGGAGAGUAAGCCUCCUCCUCCUCCCCCAUGCUUCCCCAAGAUGCCUCAGAUGGCUGGGCCCACUGCCCCCCCGAGUGGGGGUCCGCCUGUCAACAUGUUCUCCAGGAGGGCAGGCACAAAGAGCAGAUAUGUGGAUGUCCUGAACCCCAGCAGAGCUGCUAAAUCUGGAGGAUUCGCCCCCGCUCCGGCAGACUUCUUCGCUCCUCUGGCUCCAAUGUCCAUGCCUGCUAACCUGUUUGUGCCUAGCUCAGCUCCUAAUGACCAACAGCCUCUGGAGGGAAGUGAAGGAGGACAUCAGGAGCAGAACUCACCAAACCCAAACGCUGCUCCACAGAUGUUCAGCCCCACGUUGUUGCCCCCCGCUCCAGAAGGUCAUCCCGUGCUGGAUGGCUCUCAGUCCGGGGAGCUCUCACGUUCUAGCUCAAUGAGUUCUUUAUCACGCGAAGUGAGUCAGCAUUUAAACCAGAGCCCCCCUGCCCCCGGACCUCCACCCGCUGGAGGCGUCACCUUUUAUAACCCUGCACAGUUUGCACAGGUGAGGAUUUAGGAUUUUAGUUUCGAU